UGGCCUGCGGAAAUAGGAUAGGCGGAAAUGAGCUAAGGUUCCCGCGAGUGGGGAAGCGCGAGGUCAAAUCUGGGGCCACGCCCCCAGUCCUGUGGCGCAACUCCCCGAACACGGAAAAAAAAGGCGCAGUGGGAGUUCUGCUGUGUUUGCAAGUGAGGGUCGUGAGUGCAACGGGCGCAAGGCAUUAAGGCCAGUGUGUUAGUGCGCGGGCAGGCUCGCGUGGUCCUGGGGUUGCUGUGUGAGCGGCCCUCGUGGCUCGGGAGGUGCUGUGUUUGCGCAGGCGUGCGCCCCUGGCGUCGGGACUGUGUACGCAACAAGUAUGGGAACCAGGAUUUGAACUUCACCUGCCUCUAGCCCAAGCCCCUAAUAGUACUCUGUUGUUUAACCAUGAUGACUUGUCUUUCCAAGCCUCAAAAUACAUUAGAAAUAUCUUGUUCCCUGCUUUGGCUAAUGUUGACUGGAGUGUCAAGAAGAGUGCAGGAAAACAAACCAAUAAAUCUAAAGGGAGUUAUUUGGACACAUUUCCCAGGCUGGAAAAAGCCAUUUCACACAGGAGAGAAAAUAUGGCCAACAGACUGGAGCAGUAGGGCCCGGACAGAGGUUCUAGAAAUGGAUGAACUCUCCAACAAUUUUUUCAGCCUGCUUGGUGCCUCCAAAAUACCUGCUACAGGUCCUGGGAUAACAGUGACUUUAGAAGACUCAAAAAAGGACAUGACGAAUGGCACGGGUGAUCACUUUACUGUAGAAGAAAUGAGGUUAACAGAAAAGAGUGAGGGAGAACAACAACUCAAGCCCAACAACUCUAAUGCACCCAAUGAAGAUCAAGAAGAAGAAAUCCAACAGUCAGAACAGCAUACUCCAGCAAGGCAGCGAACACAAAGAGCAGACACACAGCCAUCCAGAUGUCGAUUGCCUUCACGUAGGACACCUACAACAUCCAGCGACAGAACGAUCAACCUUCUUGAAGUCCUUCCGUGGCCUACUGAGUGGAUUUUCAACCCCUAUCGAUUGCCUGCUCUUUUUGAGCUUUAUCCUGAAUUUCUUCUGGUGUUUAAAGAAGCCUUCCACGACAUAUCCCAUUGUCUGAAAGCCCAGAUGGAAAAGAUCGGACUGCCCAUCAUACUCCACCUCUUCGCACUCUCCACCCUCUACUUCUACAAGUUUUUCCUUCCUACAAUUCUUUCCCUUUCUUUCUUUAUUCUUCUUGUACUUCUGCUUCUGCUUUUUAUUAUUGUCUUCAUUCUGAUCUUCUUCUGAUUCUUUUGUUUCAAUAAACAGCAAUGAGCAUGAA